GAUGUGUCUAAGAGGCAGGGGGUGCAGGCGUGGCCUGUGGGACUGGCAGGUGCUGACCCGGCCUCCAAGCGCAGCACCGCCUCCAGGCGCAGUAGGAAGAAACGCUGGUGGAGAAAGACCUUUGGGUCUGAGACGCUUGAGGGACACAGGGUCCUGUACAGGAUUGUGAGAAGCGGGGUGGUGAGGAAGAGCCCUGAGUGAGUGCUGAAGAAUAAGGAGCAACACAAGCAUCAGGGCAAGGAGGUCAGACCUGGCACUCAGUACACAGGCCAUAAGCACGAGCGCCACUUGCAAGCAGUUGCCUCUAAUCGGACAGCUUGGGCUCCACACAGUUGCAAGCUCCAGGAUGGUGGUCCUGAGGAUCACUGGGGCCCCAGGGAUGGCAACUUGAUAUCCUUGGUGAUGCUGAGCUCCCCUUUGGUUCAGAGCAGAAACACCCCAGCACUUCAGGAGAAGGCGGUCUUCCCAGCAGAUGUUGCAGACCAGUGAGAAGUCAAAGGGCACCGUGAGGAGAUGUCAUUUCACUCUCCUGCUCUCGUCAGCCCACGUGCUCUGAAACUUCUGAGACAGUGAGGCCCAGCAACAAGAUGAUGAAAGUUGAAGGAGGCUCCAGUAUGGUGCUCCUGAGGGUCCCUGGGGCCCCGGGGAUGGCAGCUCUCAUGAUGUCCUUGAUGACGCUGAGCUCCCCUUUGGUUCAGAGCAGAGACACCCCAGAGCUUUACCUCUACCAGAGGCAGAGUGUCUGCUACGAGUUGAACGGGACACACCACUUCCUGGAACAAUACGUGUACAACAGAGAGCUGUUCGUCCAGUUCGACAGUGACAGCGCCGCGGGAGUGUUUGUGGCGGAGUCUGAGCUGGGCCGAGAAACUGCCAAGAACUGGAACAUCCAGAAGGAGUUCCUGGAGCUGAGACGGAGCACCGUGGACACGGUGUGCAAGCACAACUUCGAGCUGGACGAGGGUUUCACGCUGCAGCGCAGAGUCCAGCCUAACAUGAACGUCUCCCCCUCCAAGAAGGGGCACCUGCAGCACCACAACCUGCUUGUUUGCCAUGUGUCAGAUUUCUAUCCCGGCCACAUUCAAGUCCGCUGGUUCCUGAAUGGACCGGAGGAAACAGCUGGGGUUUUAUCCACUAACCCGAUCCAUAAUAGAGACUGGACCUUCCAGAUGCUGGUGAUACCGGAAAUGACCCCCCAGCAGGGAGAUGUCUACACCUGCCAGGUGGAGCACCCCAGCCUGGACGGUCCUGUCACUGUGGAGUGAGUUGCGCAGUCUGAUUCUGCCCGGAGCAAGAUGCUGGCUGGAGUCGGAGGCUUCGUGCUAGGGCUUGUGGCCCUCAGAGUGAGCCUCCUUCUCCGUUUUAGAAGCCGCUGAGGUAAGAAACUUCUUGAAAGUGGUUGCUACUGUCUUUCCACUGUCUCACUCCCCUCUUCUUCAGUCAUGAAGUUGUGACAGAAAAACAAAACAACAGAGCAAAAGAGGCCACUGAAAUCAGAUUCGGUUAAGGCAAAGACAGCCUGUAGGGAGGAAGACAGCUAGACGGAGAUCUGACCCAGUAAGAUACCUGAGGCUGCUGGUCACCCUAUUCUGCAGGGUGUUCUUUGAAGCCUGGGGUAGACUCACACCCACAGAGUGGGCCCUGCUUUCAUUCCCGGUGACAUGGGGGCCGCAGUGCAAACAUUUGGUUAAUUUUCUCACGUGUUGUCACUCUUUACUCUCUCAGUGACCAAAUUCAUCUUCCCCUCUUACUUUCAUUUCAGGACGAUAGGGACCUCAGCCAACAGGUGGUAUUUCUGUUUCCUUCUUCCUUCUUGGGAUAUAAUUCAUU